GCUACUUCUAGCCUUCAGGAUAAAAUAUGUCCACCAGGGGGAUGAGUCGACGAACUGUACGUGGUGACAUAGAUAUUGGUGGUAAUGUCUCCUGCCUGCACUUUGACUAUGAAGCAUUAAAGAUAGCAACGAAAGACUUUGGACGUGACUGUAAGCUAGGAGAGGGUGGAUUUGGUCCUGUAUUCAAAGUGUCAAUGCUCUUUACUGAUGUAGCCAUUAAAGUACUGCGUAGAACAAAACCAGGUGAUAAAGAAGCAUCUGAUUUAGUCGAUGAGCAGUUUGACGCUGAAAUCCAAAUACUUUCCAAGUUUCGUCAUCCUAAUCUUGUCACGUUACUUGGUUAUUCUAACAAACCUGGUUUACCAAGGUGUCUCAUUCAUGAGUUUAUGGCUAAUGGAAGUUUAGAAGAUGCACUGGAUUUUGGACUUGACCGGAGUAAUGUACUGCAAUCGCCAACUAUUGGCCUACCAUGGAUGGUUAGGAUAUCAAUAGCUUUGGAUGCAGCAAGAGGCCUAUGCUACCUUCAUGAAGCUAUUGCAGAGAUAGCAGUAGUUCAUAGAAACAUUAAAAGUGCUAGUGUACUUUUGGAUUCAUCAUUUCAUGUAAAAAUUGGAGGUUUUGGUCUGGUAAGAGCUAUAGGUGAUCCUUCCAAGAGUGACAUUCGUCAAAGUCAAACUGCCAGGAUAGUUGGAACAUCAGGUUAUAUUGCACCUGAAUAUUACAGAGGAGUCAUCACUACUAAACUGGAUACUUAUUCUUUUGGAGUAGUAUUACUAGAAAUACUAACUGGUUUACCAGGUUAUGAUCCUAACAAAGGUCAAGAAUAUUCAGAUUUGGUUGCAUACAUAGAAGUAAAGAAAAGCGAUCCUAAUUUUAGCUUCAUACAAAUCUCUGACGAUUUUGCUGGCGAUUGGCCUACUCGCUCAUUUUUAAAACUGUUCACAAUUGCUGAAAAAUGUCUGACAGAAAAAAUGACACUGAGGCCUAAAAUGAGCGAGGUAUAUCUUUUACUUGAAGAUCUUUCUGUGAUGAGCAGUAAAUUAUUUGCAGAACAAAAACCCGGCAAAAAGCUUUAAAAUUUUAUCAUAUCCUUGUACCACUAUCAUUAUGUAUUUUCUGUGUGUUGGCAAUUGAGCACUGAUUUUCCAUUGUUGUCUUUUAUAAUUAUUUUUGUGUCAACAA